AAAGUUCGUCGGGCUCGAUCCGGCCCAUCACUUUAAACUCUGCCAGCUGUUAGCAGCGGCCAGUCCGCGCAGAACGGCUCACUGAGCUCUCAGGAUCAAGGGUUCCGUAACCGCUGUUAUAUUUCCUCUUCGACAGGCUCUUGCUGAUUUUCGGUUGUGGUCGGGAACAUGUAAUCAACAUUAUUUCUGCUGAUUUUUGUGAACUUUUGCGACAUCCCGAACCCUUUACUAACAGCUGGUGAAUCUGUCAAAAGGGCAUCGACAAUCCUGCACCAUACAGGAUACUCCACCCAUCUCCUCCUUCGCCGGCUCCCUUACCCUGGGAUCGCUGCAUUAAAUGCAACUGCCCCAAAGGAACAGCCAAUCAUCAGUCACCCAUUGAUCAGUUGAACUCCACGAAUUUACUCGGGACCAUGUCCAGGUGUGUUCUGGUCAACUAGACUUCUAAGAUUCUAAGAAGGACAAGGUUGAAACUGUGUCUUACAAUCUUAUUCUCUACAACCACCUGAUGAAGGAGCAGCGCUCUGAAAACUGGUGCUUCCAAAUAAACCUGUUGGGCUAUAACCUGGUGUGUGAUUUUUGACAAGGUUGAAGAAGUAAACAUCGGUUACAAGACUACGCAAAAUGGAUGGAGGGCACACAGCAGUUGACAUUAUACUGAGCCCCAGGUUCAGCGAAUACUAUAGCAAUGAGACGGUUGCCUUGCACUAUAAUUACACUGGGAAACUGACUUCGAGCCGAUACCACACAGGGUUGAGAGUCCAUGCGAUCAUGUUUAUAAUAGUUUGUCUUUUUAUAAUAUUGGAGAAUUUGCUCGUUCUCAUUGCCAUCUGGAAGAAUAGCAAGUUCCACAAGCCUAUGUACUACUUGCUGGCCAACCUGACUCUAUCUGAUAUGUUGGCAGGAGUUGCUUACAUGGUCAACAUCUUGCUGUCUGGUGCCAACACACUGAAGUUGACCCCAGUCUUGUGGUUUUUGAGAGAGGGGGGCGUUUUUAUCACGCUCACAGCUUCAGUUUUCAGUCUCCUGGCCAUUGCGGUGGAGAGGCAUGUCACCAUGGUGAGAAUGCAACUAUACCAUACAGAUAAGAAGUGCCGGACGCGUCUCUUUGUGGCUGCAGACUGGAUUAUCUCGGUGUUCCUUGGAAGUCUGCCAAUCAUGGGAUGGAAUUGUAUUAGGAACUUGUCAGAAUGCUCCACAGUACUGCCACUGUACUCCAAAAACUAUAUUCUGGUUUGCAUCCUGAUCUUUAUAUUAAUCUUGUUUGCAAUCGUUAUAUUGUACGUUCGGAUUUAUCGUUUAGUGAAAUGCAACAGCCCUAUGGGAGGCACAUCGAGAAACAUGGUAUCCAGAAGUCAAAAAUAUUUGGCGUUACUCAAAACUGUUACCAUUGUGGUGGGCACCUUCAUCGCCUGCUGGCUGCCACUCUUCAUCGUGCUACUUCUGGAUGUUUCAUACACAGUGGGGACUUGCAGGAUUCUUUAUAAGGCUGAUUAUUUCCUCGGGCUGGCCAUGAUUAAUUCAGCACUGAAUCCAAUCAUUUACACUCUGACCAGUAGAGACAUGCGCCGGGCCAUUGUGCGCCUGUUGUGCCUGACCAAAGAUGGAGAACAGGCUAGGUGCUGCGGAAUCCUGGUCUCUGAGUGCAGCACCAGUCAGAUGGACAGGUCAUCUCACAGGCAUGAGCCCCUCCAUACAACUCUGUCCUCUGGCAAUGGACCUCAAUCACCUACUCGAACCUCAGUCGCGUGACUUGGAUGGUCGCAGUGUCCAGGUUAACACUGAUCUCAAACAGGUAGCACCUGUUCGCAGGGGAAACUGCACUCACUUUCUGCGUCUUGCGUUUUAGGGGUGACCGGAACUAAAUCACCUGUCUGGUGCCCAAUUAAGAGAGUGCUGAUGUGUGGCAGGAACAGGAAAAAAAGGACAAUUGUGGGCAGCCUGACACCAUAAACUGGCUUCCAGUUGCCAUUGAAAAACUUUCGCAGGUUUUAACACAGCUUAGAAUUUCUAAGAGUUGAUGUAACAUAUUUCCAAAAUUGCACUCAUGCAGUUUGCUUGGUUUUAAAUUUUAAGUAGCUUUAAAAGAGCAACGUGAGGCUGUUUAAAAGCUUUUAAUAUCAGCAGCAAAUAACUCCGCCUACACCUGCGAUAAUUCGGCCUGGCAACUGACUCCAUGAAAUAGAAGGAACCAAUUAGGUACACACAUUCAAGAAAAAUCCAAUUUUAAAAACAUAAAAGGAAGUUCAUGUGACUCCACCCUCGUGUUGCAAGAUACGAAGUUCUGUAAUGAGUAUGGUAAAUGCUGAACAUUGAGAAUUAGUGCUGGAAGCAUAACUUUGUUUUCCAAUGUAACCAUCUUUGUUGGAAUCCAGUUAGGUCUGCUAAAACAGCACUUUGUCAUUCUGAAAUAUAAUCUCCUCCCGAUGGCAGUUGGAGCCCCACAGUAAACGCACCAUGGGAAUUCAGCUCGACUCCAGAAUACAGUCUUUGAAGACUGUAACCGAAAGAGGCCUAAACUGAUUGAAAUUUAAGGCAACAGCAAGUAUUAAACAUUUCUGGUAACUGCAGAAAAAAGUUGCAUUUAACUAACUGGGAAAUAAUAUGCAUUGAAUGUAUUUAAACAGAGAUUAUGAGUAAAUCCUAGUAUGGUUCUAUUAGUGCAUUGCCAAUGCCAUUUGAUAUGCUAUAGACCUAAACCGUGAAAACAAAAUUAACUGCUAUGUGCUCAGUACAUUGUUAAGCAUGUUCUUUAGUAAAAGAAAAGGAUUGUGCCAGAGGGUCACAGUUAAACACACGCACCUGCAAAGUCAAGAUAGGCCUUAAAUGUGCCUCCUCAUCACAGAUGAAAAGUUCCUGCUGUUUCACGCAAUUCCACUUUGAACUGUUAAGUCUUUUCCAGGGUUCACCUGGCUGCUGCACUAAAAUAGCUGGUUAACAGUAAAUCCUGGCCGGUUCUUGGAGUCCCAGAAUGUCAUCACAAAGUUGUUACCGCAAAUAUAAGUGGGACUGGAGGAGCACUUUAAGAAAUAGCCGAUGCUAUCCUGGACUAAAGUACCUUCCCACUGGACCUCUCAGCUUGGUGCAGAUGAUCUGGGGAAAGUUUCAGUUUCAAAUAACUAAUUACAUCAGAACUGAUCAAGUACCUCUCUUUUUACAGCUAGUUAAUUCAAGCAGCAACAAAUAGACCACCAGUAUAGUUCCUGCCAGAUUGCUCUCAAGGAAACUAAGGGUGGGUAAUAAAUUAUAGCCCACCCGGUGAUGCUCACAUUCCAAAUUAACUUUAAAAAUUACAUUAAGCUCCUGCAUAAUUGAAUUAGCUUUAUUGUCUCAUGUAUUCAAAUUAGUGCAGUGAAAAGCUCAUAAGUUGCCACUUAUAAACCGCUGAGGGGCAGCACGGUAGCUCAGUGGUUAGCACCGCUGCCUCACAGCACCAGGAACUUGGAUUCAAUUCCCGACUCGAGCGACUGUCUGUGUGGAGUUUGCACGUUCUCCCCCAGCCUGUAUGGGUGCCCUCCAGGAGUUCCGGUUUCCUCCCACAAUCCAAAGAUGUGCAGGUCAGGUGAAUUGGCCAUGCUAAAUUGCCCAUAAUGUUAGGUGCAUUAGUCAGGAGUAAAUAUAAGGUAGGGGAAUAGGUCUGGGUGGGUUACUCUGCAGAGGGUCAGUGUGGACUUGUUGGACUGAAGGGCCUGAUUCUAUACUGUAGGGAAUCUAAUCGAACCUUACACUGCCAUCUUACUGCCAUCUUAGGUACAAAGGUAUUCCUUAGAAUAGAGAAUGAAGAAAAAACAGGCAGUUGGUGGGACAGAAAUGAAUUCACCAACUUAAACCUCAACAGUUGGACAUGGAGGGUCUGCAAAAAAGAUAAUAACUUUUUGUCACAUUACUGUAUUGCUGAUGUUGAUAUUUUUGCACUGCAUGUUUUUAUCCUAUUGUUCGCUUCUCCCCCGAAGGUGCUGACUACUUGAUGGUUUGGGUCAAUGGUACUGAGAAUCCUCCAAUAACUCAUCCCAAACUUCAUUUCUCUUAAUGAGUAUAGGCAGGUCAUUCAAUGGCAGGAAACAUCACAGCCAGCCAGUCUCUAUCCUUAUUUCUACAUAUAUAUACUUUUUCACAGAUAUCAGUGGACUGUAAUCAGGUUACGUGUGUUUCCUUGUUAUCAACUUUAGCCUACUUCCAACUCUUCCUCACUCACCCCUCUCCCAUCAUUCCAUCAUCCAACUUUCCCUCAUCUCCUUUUCUUUUCCCCUUUAACCAACACAGACCAGUAACUGAUGGUAUCUUUCAUUUUAGCUGGAAUUGCACAAAGUACAGCUUUUCCUUUGCUAAUACAAUGCAUAGCCUGAGAUCUUUCCACUUUGAGCAUGUUGCACAAGGUACAAAAUUACAGGGACAUUAUAUUGUAGAGUCUGAGAGACAGGAUAGAACGUUAUUAAUGUUGGCCCCUCUAACAUUGUGUGCCCCUUGUCUGAACUGGUAGCAAUUGAACUUCCCAGACACUCCUGAUUGGUCAGGCCAAGCUACUGAGUUAGUGAAUCCUUCACAUCAUCCUCCUUAUAGUGUAUAAGAGGCUGUUCCAUCAUAAUUGUGUCUCGCACUUUUUUGCUCACUGACAGAAGCAAUUCAGCUGGACCAACCAGUAGUAUAAACUGGAGAUCUGAAAGAAUGAACAUCAAUAACAUUGCCCACCCCAAACCCUUUUUGAAAUUUUUAAAGGUGUCCAGUUAGGUCCAGUCCACUAAUUAUUUCCACUUAGUUUCAACGCUUAUCUAAGUAGCACAAACUUCAAAGCAAAAACUAAACAUGGUAUUCAGAAAGAUUGUCUAAUGCAGUAUAUCCACAUGGAGCAAUGGUUGGAUGCAGGGUAUGUGGAUCAGAUGUGAAUUAUGGCUCCAAGCAACUUAUUUAAAGAAAAAAUUAUCUGGAAAAGAAAAUCUGAGAAGCAAAGACAUUUGCCCCACCUCACCUUCCAAUUUGAAAUUAAAAUUAGUCUGCAAUUUGUGACUUAUCUAAAUUAGAUGGAUUUCCAAAAUCAACCCAUAAUUUGGGAGACUGUAAACUAUAUAAAUUGUUUGCAAUAAGGAGAAUCUUGCAUACAAAUUGACGAAUACCAAGAUAUUCUGUGCCAAGAACAUUCACAGCUUCAACGUCAUCAUUGAUUCUUCUACAUCUUUGGACUUUGGCUUGAGCCUUGCAUAUUCACCUGCAAAAGUCUGAAGGAAAAUGUCAAACUCCUCCCAUCCCCAUCAAGAGUAUUAAUCAUGAAAAACUCAUGCUUACAAAAUCUCAUGUAAAUUCAGUUUCCUGAAUUUUCCCCUCUGACAAUUUAAUGGUUAAAUUUUAGUAAUAACCUAGAAUUCAUGCAAGAAUGAUUCUAAGUGGUCCCCCAUCUAUUGCCCUACACAUUGAAGAGCAACUACUAGUAAGCAAAUUAAAUUCAUUAGGACUGGGUACAUGAGAAGACCAAGAACUGACUUUCAAUCCAGCCUACAAAAAUGUAGGGAAUAUACUGUAUAAUAUGAUUUCUGUAUCACUGUCCAAGAAAGAAUGAAUAAUUUGAAAUUUUCCAAAGCUAAUCCUAAAUUAAACAUGAUCAGAGUAAUUGUACAGCUAUUAGCAUUAUUUGAGCUGUGAGA